CAAAUCUAGUCUAAUCGACAUUGCUCUGCUUCAUUGUCUUGCUUUGUAUCCACGAAAGCCGUACUUCUGCACGGCGCACGGCCGGCUGCAGAGAAAACCAUGUGCGAACCCCACCACCUCGGUUCUAGUCUCGAGCCCUAUCGCAGAUAAAUAGUGAACCGCCGAUAACCACCGCGAUUGCUUCUUUUUGCCAAUUCUCCUACGCGAUCUUCAGUUAUUCAUACAGAUACAAUGGACACAAUCGAUCCUAAAUUCCGCCUCGCGGUAUUCUCCACAAAAAAAUACGACAUAGCCCACCUCCAACCCGAGCUCGACCGUGCAAAGAUCCCCACAACCUUCCUCCAAACCCGUCUCGACGACGAAACUGUCCCGCUCGCCGAAGGCUACCCCGCCAUCUGCAUCUUUGUCAACGACGAACUGUCCGCCUCUGGAAUCGAACUGCUCGCGGGCAAAGGUCUGCGGUUUGUGCUUCUCCGCUGCGCAGGGUUCAAUAACGUCGACCUCACCGCGGCCGCGAAGCACGGCGUGCGCGUCGCGCGCGUGCCUGCCUACUCGCCCUACGCGGUGGCCGAGUUCGCGGUGGGCUUGAUGCUGAUGCUCAACCGCAACCUGCACAAAGCCUACACGCGCGUGCGCACGGGCAACUUCUCGCUCGAAGGGCUUACCGGAUUCGACAUGUACCGCAAGCGCAUCGGCAUCGUGGGCACGGGCAAGAUCGGCAGGUUGACGGGCAAGAUCUGUAACGGGUUCGGCGCCGAGGUCGUGUGCUAUGAUCCGUUUCCAAACGUCGAGCUCGCGGCCGAGGCUGGGAUGACGUACGUUGGGCUGGAUGAGUUGCUCGCGAGCUGUGAUAUCGUGUCGCUGCAUUGUCCGCUUAUGCCUUCGACUUUUCAUAUGAUCAACAACGAGAGUUUAGAAAAGAUGAAGAACGGUGUAAUGAUCAUCAACACCUCCCGCGGCGGUCUAAUCGACACACAAGCCCUCAUCAAACACCUCAAGACCGGCAAAAUCGGCCAAGUCGGCAUGGACGUGUACGAGAACGAGAGCGGGCUCUACUUUGAAGACACCUCAGACGACGUGCUCCAGGACGACGCCUUCUCGCGCCUGCUCACGUUCCACAACGUCUGCAUCACCGGCCACCAGGCGUUUCUCACGCGCGAGGCGCUCAGUAAUAUCGCGGCGACAACGGUGCAGAAUAUCCUUGAUUUGCUCGAGGGCAAGACGCCGAGCUCGAUCGUGACGGCCGAGAACCCGUAGCUUGUUGUU